CCUCCUUUACACUUGACCAUGGUGGACAUUGGCCUGGGAAAAGUGAACUAUCAGCUCAACUAGGUUGCAGUUUUUGUUUUUCUUAUUUAAGAAAAAAACUUCCACGGGCUAGCCAGGCGAUGUCACAGCAGAAGCAGCAAUCUCAGGAGACUCCAAGUGCUCUCAGAUGCCCCCCUCCCCAAGGCCCAAAUCCUUCCCUGGUUUCCUGCUCCGCUCCUUGAGCUCCCUGUACAGGAGGCUGUAGUUCUGUUUCCCGAAGGGCCUGGCAUCAGAGCCCGGCAGGCUCUUGGAGGGCUCGCCGGAAGCCCCACUGCCUCAGGGGUGGCACAACCUACCACAUCAAAGAGGAGGAGUGUUAAGGAGUAUUAAGGUGACUGGCCCAGAAGAGGGAGCACGAGGACAGCUGCUCUGGCCCCACCCGGGUCUCCGGCACUCAUUCAC